UGGAGCAGCCGCUGAGUGGCUGAAGGGAAGUUGCGUUCAGGAAGUUGCGUGGGGAAUCGAGGACGGAAGCGAAGGACACACCGAGAAUUUCCUCUCGCCAUCAUGACACUUCCCAUCGCCCUGAUGAUGAUCACUUCCCUGGCGUGCCUCCAAAGCGGCGCGUCCGGCGAGGAGAACAGUGUCCAUCUGUUCAGGAGCGCGGAGAGCUGCAAGAAGGACGAGUUCUUCGACGUGAACUACUUGAAAUGCAAGAAAUGUGAAAGUGAAUUGAAUUUAGUGCCAUCGAAGAGUCGCCUCGCGUGCGAAUGCCAGCCGAAGGAGUUGGAGCGCAUCGAGUACGACAAUGUCCUUCAGCAAUCGAUUUGCGAUCGGAAGUGCAGGAAAUCGGCCAAUGAGACGUGCCUCGACGCCCCGUGUGGCCUUCGACAUGUCAAUCAGACGAAUCUGAGUCACCAGGCGCGCCACAUUCAGAUCCUGGGCGGCUCGGCGAACUGCUCGUGCAACUACAAGCACUCGUCGCUGUACCGCAACACCUUCUGCAUCCCGAAUCAUCUGCUCAAGGAUUAUGCCAAUUACGGCCACUUCCGGCUGGGCGGAGUGUCGGAGGACCUCAUGUUUCUCACGUUCUUCUGCCACACGCUGAAGCGCUGGCGCGACUGCAAUCACCUGGCCAACCUGUGCGCCCUGUCGCUGUACAGCCUGGACAGGCCGUCGGCGUGCUUCCUUUUCUUCGCCACGCAGACGUCCGACAUCGCGUCGCCGAGCGACAUGGGCGAGAGGAUCACGCCGCAGCUGUUCCACCGCCGCGGCCGGAGCACGGCGGAGGAGCUGGACAAGAUCCUGGAUCACUCCUUCCGCCUGCGCGGCGACACAGUCAACUUCACGGCGCUCCAGUUCUCGCUCGAUGGCCGCCUGAGGCAAUUCCGGUCGGUGAAUGUCCUGCGCGAGCUCAAUCUCUGUCCCACAUCUCGGCGGGAAAUCCUCUUCGGUCGGAGCUUCAGCAUUUCGUGCCAGCUGGCGAUGGAGGAUGUCGUGCGAGAUGGAAAUCACGAGUUAAUCUUCACGAAUCUCUUCGUGAACUACAUGGAGAAGCGAAUGCCGCUGAUCCGAAGCAUUCCGGUGCUGAUAAGAAACUCCCCUGGCGCCAAUAGCGAUAAUCCCGAGACCUGGCAGCUGGUCAGGCGCUUCUUCACCGUGGAUCUCCUCACGGGCCUUCGCGCCGGCUACGCGCCGAAGAUGUACGAAGCGGACAAGAUGCAGGACAAGUUCGACUACAUUCGCUGCCUCACGCGAGUGGAGCUGAGAUUCAGCGUGAAGGAGAGCAAUAAGCUGUCCACGCCACUCCUCAUUCUCACCUAUGGAGAGUUCAACAUGAGCCAAAGAGAUUCACAUCCCGUAGACUUUCACUUCGCCGUGACUUUCGCACGAGAUUUCGACUUUCAGUAUCUGCUGGAGAUUCUGCUGCCCAUCUUCCUCCUCCUGGCCUUCGUGCUGGCCAUCUUCGAGGCGAUCGCCUACAAGACUCGCCAGCACAAGCUCAUCUACGACCUGGACGUCUUCUGCAAGUUCACGGUGUUCCUGCUGUCCAAAGUGGGCUCGUCGCUCUUCGCCAUCGUCAUCAUCAUCUGCCUCUACAUCCACUUCACAUUCAAGGGCCAGACGACCGUCCGGCUGUUGCUGCCGCUGCCCGUCGAGACUCUCCUGCGCAUCCUCACCGGUGUGGCUCUGGCGCUGAAGAGCGUGAAGCUGGCGCAGCAUCUCUGGCAAAUCGCCCACAUUGAUAUCUUCUUCAUUGAUUGGGAGCGCCCGCGGAUCUUCGAGCAGCGCAAUCAGCUGGACACGCCUUCGGUGUGCAGCGGAUCAGUCACGGCCAGACUGGCGUCGCCUGGCGAGAGCAUCUCGGCAUGGCGGAGCUACUUCGUGGCCAAUGAGUGGCAGGAAAUCACCACCAGUCGCAAGAUCUCCAUGUUCAUCCACACAGUGGCGCUGAUCUGGCUCCUCCUGCUCGUGCAGAUGGAGAACUUCGCCUCCACCAACUUCCUCUUCCACCUCUGGCCCUCCACAGAUCCUCCCGACGGCAUUCUGCUCAUGUCCACGGGCAUCCUGGCCUACACGGGCGUCUACAUCGCCCAGCGCCUCUUCAACUGCGUCAUCUGGGAGCGCUACUUCAAGAAUCCCAUCCAGCAAUUCAUCGACGUGUGCUGUGUGGCCAAUGUGUCCGUGUUCAUCCUGCGCCUGGAGUCCUACGGCUACUACAUCCACGGCCGCUCGCCGCACGGCUUCUCCGACACCGACAUCUGCUCCAUGAUCCUCCAGUUCCGCCAGGAGGAGCGCGGACAGCGCGGACUCACGCCCGGCUCAGAGCUGCAGACCUACUCACUCCUGGCGCCACGCAAUCUCCGCAUCUUCUACGACAGGCUCAUCCUGCCGCUUCAGCAGCCGCCGCAGAUCAGCGAAUACAUCACGAAAGGCUACGAAGGGACCUUCGAGCGCACCAUCCUCACUUACUACAGCAUCAACAGGUUCUUCGGCGCCUUCAUCGACCACGCUCUGAAGGAUCUGGAUUACAUCGUCAAGGAGAAAACCAUCCUCGAGAAGCUUCUCAAUUGCGAAUUUGAGGCAAUUCUGUCUGAGAAUAAAGGGAUAUUCUAUGUGGACAACGCGCACUCCUUCGACGAAGUCCUUUUCUACGGCAGUGAGCAACUGUUUUUCCAGUUUGAACUCAUUCUUUUCACAUUUAUCGUGGGAAUUUCGCACAAUUUUCUCCUGGCAAUCAUCCUUGUGGGAAUUGUCUACAAGCUUCUCAAAUUCAUCAUGAAUCUAUCGACAAAGCACAAUUUAGCGAAAAAGACUCUAAUCGACAAGAGAUUUCUCAUGUAAAAAUUCGUCUCUGACUGUACAAAUUAUGAUGGUUGUGGUGAGAUUAUUAAGGUAAAUGCAAUAAAGAUCUAUUUUUCCGUCCAACAA